AUGGGCUUGAUCAAACGCGCUUUGAAGAUCUCCGCCGCCGGCACCGUCGCCUCCAUUGCUGUCUUCUGGGGGGCCACGCGCAAUGACGUCUUCGAGCCCAUGCAAACCUCCGAUCCGAUCUUCCAAUCACCCUUCUUCAAAAAGUUCAACCCCGAGCAGAACCCAACCCUGCACGACCUAUGUGUCCGCCGUGUCCCGCUCGAGAAGAUUAAGCCCGAGCUGUUAGAAAACAAGGCUAAGCUAACCGAAGCUUUCUGUGCCGGUGUCUGGGGUGGCAUGGGCUACAUCGUCCAGCGCGCCUACCUGUCCAACAAAUAUCAGGGUCCCGAAACUGCCUCUCACCUGUGGAGCCGCAAGGAGCUCCUCGCAAACAACUACGAAGUCGGCACCCUCAUCACCGACCACUUUGAAGUCGUUGAGAAAACCGAGGAGAAGAUCACCGUCCGUUGCGGUGAUACUCCCCGCCACCAAGAUGUUCGCCCCUCCGAUGGUCUCUUUGAGAUGGGAGCCGUCAUCAAGCAGGAAGAGGGCGUGGCCGAGUUUACCUUGAAGAGCUGCUUCUAUCAGGGUCUGGGCAAGGCCGACGCUGCUCCUAUGGGCCCGGUUAUGGUCUGGUUGCACCAACAAUACACCAAGCUAUGGAUGGAGACUGCAGUCCUGAAGAACUGCGUUCGGUAA